GGCGCUGCGGCGGGUCUCCCCCGGAGGGAAGCGUCCGGUGCCGCGGGGCUUGUGCAAGGCCGGCGCCGCCGAGGCGAGGCGAGGCGAGGCGAGCCGCCGCCCGGCAGCGGAACAAAAGAGCCCCGGGCCGGGCCGGGCUGGCCCCGCCAGAGGGGCAGCGCCCCGCGGGGCACGGCCGGCUAGAGGGGGUCGCGGCCGCCCGGGCCAUGCAGCUGCCGAGAGGGGAGGAGCGGCCGGCGGCGCCCCGGAGGGGGCAGCGCCCGGAGGGAGCGGGGGGGAGGUCUGGCAGCGCCGGCAGCCCCCGAGCGGGGCAGGGGCGCGGCGGGGCCGUGCCCGGGGCCGGCUGCCGCGCCGCUCGCCCGGGAGGGGCUUGACCGCGCUUCGUGCGAGAAGGAGCAGCUCCCCGGUGAGCGGCGGGGAGCGCCCGCCAGUCCGCCCUCCGGUGCCCGGCGUUGCCUGAAGACCGGCGGCAGCACCGGGGAGCGACUGGGCGGGGGGAGGAGAAGAGGAGGAAAAGAAAUCAGAUUGCCGAAAGGAUUAGGAAGGGGGGUGGGGAGGCGAAGCCCUCUACCCCCCCCCCGCCCCGCACACACUUGUGAAGCUUUUCAGAGUUACCCUUCAGCAUCAGUGGCACCGGCAGGCGGGCCCGGGAGAGCAGCGACACCGAAACGUGCUCGGCAAACUGCAAGAGAGAUCAGAGGGAGCGGAGCGGCCCGAGCCGGCGGACCCUGCCCCGGCCUCUGCCCGCACCCGCGGGGGACUGCACUUCCCGUCAGCGAUAUUUUAUAUUUUAUUCUUUUUUUAAAUUUUCCCUGCUCCUCUCGCUCUCUCGAGGAAGGACGGGGGUUGUAGCGUUGCGGGCAGGCGUGCUGCCGGGCCGCCUGCCCUGGGCGUGCGAGGUGGGGCGAGAGGGAGGGAGAGAUGCCUCUGAUGAGAGGGAAAGUCGUGCUCGUCCUCGGCUUCGUCUUCCUGACAACUUUCCUGGCUGCGGUGAGAGGGCUGCCCGUGAGGAAACAGCGCAGCAGCAGCCCGAGGGAGAGGAGCUCCAAGCUGGCGGAGGUCUCUGCCUCAUCCGACUCCCGUUCGGCGGGGGACGAGGAGCUGCCGCCAUCGGGCAAGGCGAGGGGGCUGAGGCGGAGCGGGCAGGCUGGCCCGCGGCGGCACAGGCGCCGUGGGGUGGCUCAGCCGGCUGCCAGGAGCCCAGCGGUGUCCCGGCCCGGCGGUGCUGGCCGGGAGGAGAGCCUGCCCUUCGUGCUGGACCUGCAGAGCUUGCCAGGGCUGGCCAACGUGGACCUGAGUGCCCAGAACCCCAACAUCCAGGUGACCAUUGAAGUGGUGGAUGAUCCUCAGGCUGAGAUGGAGAUGGACUUGUUGAAGGAGACAAGCAAUGACUGGUCCCUGACAUCCUCUGAGUGGUUGUCCCACAAGGACCUCUUCUGGCCCCUCUUCUGGGAAUACACCAACCCCACUGAGGAGGAGGAGGAGGAUGCGGAGGAGGAAGAGGAUGACAACUUGGAUGUAGGGGACAGGGAGGAGGAAGAGGAGGAGGAGGAGGAAGAUUACACAGCAGAGUAUGAGGAGGAGGAGUCCAUGCUCAGUGGGGUGGGUGGUGACUGGGACCAGCAGUGGCCUGGGCAGAAGAACUGGAUCUUUAAGGAAAAAUAUAAUUAUGACUAUGAAGAUGAGGAGGAGUGGAGCCCGUGGUCCCCUUGCAGCAUCAGCUGUGGCAGUGGCAACCAGAAGAGGACCCGGUCCUGUGGCUACGCCUGCACAGCGACGGAGUCGAGGACCUGCGACCUGCCACGCUGCCCUGGAGCAGAGGGGGAAAUGGUCUUCCCCACAGAGGAGACGCCUUUCAAAAGCGACAACACCACAGAGCUGUUCAACUCAGAGGUGGACAGCUGUGAGAAGUGGCUGAACUGCAAGAGCGACUUCCUCACCAAGUACCUGAGCAAGGUGCUGACGGACCUGCCCAGCUGCCCCUGCUCCUACCCGCUGGAGGCCGUCUACAGUGCAGUCAACCUGCGGGAUGAGCAGCAGGGCAAGAGCUUCCGAUGGCGGGACGCCAGCGGCCCCAAGGAGCGCCUGGACAUCUACAAGCCGACGGCGCGCUUCUGCCUGCGCUCCAUGCUCUCCCUCGACAGCACCACCCUGGCUGCCCAGCACUGUUGCUACGACGAGCACACCCGCCUCAUCACCCGCGGCAAGGGGGCCGGCGUCCCCAACCUCAUCAGCACCGAGUUCUCCCCGGAGCUGCACUACAAGGUGGACAUGCUGCCCUGGAUCCUCUGCAAGGGCGACUGGAGCCGCUACCACGCCGUCCGGCCCCCCAAUAACGGGCGACGGUGUGCUGACAACCCUGCCGAGGAGGAGUACCUCUCCCAGCUGCAGGAGGCCAAGGAGUACUAGCCGCAGCCGUGCUCAGAAGAGCCACGGCCACCGCCGGCUCCCAGCCUGGCGAAGCCCCGGCCCUGCUCACGGGCUUCUCGCUGGCACCGGGCAGAGUGGGGAGGAUGCGCCGUCCGUCUCGUCCCUUCAGAAGGGCACCUCGCCCCUCCUCGGGUUUUCCGAGGGUGCUGGAGGUUAUCGCGGUGCGAUCCCUGCCGUGCCACCCAGCGUGGUCCCGCACCCUGGGGUGCCUGGGCUGGCGUGUGGUGAGCCGCAGGGGAUAAUCUUUCAAUGCAACCUGAAAGCUGAGCAUCUGCAGGGCAAAAUGGCCUCAGCUCCUGCUGGCUUCACGGGGCAUCUGAGGAGCUGGCCUGCUGCAGGCAGAGCUGCCUGCUUUUGCCUGUACACCUGCCCCGGCACACACUGGUCUACUUCUGAAACUGGGGGGGGGGCUCCUCCUAGGGAGGGGCAGGGCUGUCCCAGCCAUGUGUACAGAGUGGGGCCUCCACUCCUCUCGGGUUUUUGCAUGCACGGUUGGGAAGGAGCAGGGAGAGGCUUCGCAGGGCUUCGUGGGUCCGGGAGGUGUGUGGGGCAGGAGGAGACUGGCUCGCCUGGGCUCCCUUGGCAAGAUUACCUUGCCAGUGUGGUUUUGGCUGUGAAAGGGAACAGUGGGUGCCAAAGCCAGACACGGGUGGACCUCAGAGGAGGUCAGCACGAGGGGGACACCACCUGUGUGCAUUUCAGCCCCUCUGCCUCAGUGCUUGGGGGAGCGGGGUGGCAGCACCCAUGCAAGUCCCACCACCCCCCUGCCUCCAGGCCUCGGCUCCCCGGCAGACCCCGCAGUGGGUUUCAGUGCUCGGGAGUACCCGUGACACAGCCCAGCAGAAGGUCCUGCGUUUCCCACCCACAGCCCUGCUGGGGGCAGGAGGCAGCUCGGCCACUGCUCGUCCCAUUGCUGGAGAGGAGCAAAAAGCAUCGAGCCAAGUUCUCCAUGGGAUCGGGAACAAGUCUGGUGCUGCUGGGAGCACCCAGCGUUGCCCCUCUCUGGUCUGCCGCUGGCCUUGGGCCCUGCUCCAUGCUGUAUCUGCCCAAGUCCCCAGUGAGAGGCAGCCCAGAGAAAGCGAGUCAUGGGCGCACCCUGCGCUCCUCAGGCUCUCUGCCUGGCCAGGCGAGCAAGUGUGGCUCCAAAGGAGGAAGACACACACAUGCUAAUAAUGUCAAUACCUGGUGUCUGCAGAUCAUGGAUCAUGAUGAUCUCCAUUGGUGCUUUGGUCUUGCCUGGGUUUUAUUUGGCUUUUCAUAGAUCCAUGGCAGUUUCUCCCAGCAUAUUUUGGGAGCUCCCCAGUUUCCCACAGAGAAACUAGGCUGAGCACCUUUAUCCCUGGACGUUCAGUCGUGAAACCUGGCAGAAUCUGUUCAUAGUUUUAUUUAGCAGAUUUUAGGCAUCAGAGGAAAUAAAAGAGCAAGUCAAGCACACGUAAAGAAGAAUGGAGUCAUUUCUAGACUAGAGGUUUCAUCCAAGGCUGUUGGCUACUCCAUGCUUUUCUGCAGGACACUGUUGGACAAAAAAGCAUCUGUCUGGAUGCAGAGGUCCUUGGUUGACUGUCCUGUUCUAGGUCUGUCCUUCUUGCAGGAGCUUUCUCCAAGGCCAGUGAACAUCCAUGGUCUGAUAGCUCUUUGGGAAGUCUUUCUGGGAGUGUCUUAUAUAUGUUGAGUGUAUGUUGAUCCUUUUGCUUUGGUUACUGGUAGAAUAUUGCAUCCUUGGUCAUCAGUACCUAAGCCUUCAUUGCUGGUAAAACAAAAGUAUUAAUGAAGUUAUCACUGAAUUAUUCUUAUUUAACUAUUAUUCCACACUUGUAUCCCUAGACUCCAGUCAUGGGUGCUAUCAAAACUAUGCAGACACCGUCAAUUUCCCAACAGGCAUGCAGUCUGAGAUGACCAGUGUUAUGUAAAGGGUGAGAAGGAAGACACAACCAAAUAAGCAUGGAUGGAGACCAGACCCUGGUAAAUUUUCAUGACCAUUACAUGUUCCCUAGCCCAAAAGUCAUUUGCUCACUUGUUUCUGGUAAAGAGGUAGGUCAAAAAGAGGUGGUCAAGUUUGGGUGGCAGUGAUCUGGUGGCUUGGUUCUGGGAGCCUGGGAUGUAUGUGGGGAGGCUCAGCAACAGACAUGGAGGCAUUUGUAUGGGAAGCAGACAAAUUGAGCGGCCGAGGCCAUGAAAGAAUGAGCUUGUUAUCUUCUGUCAUUUGGCAGAGCAUCUUUUUAUUUCCUCUCCCAUAUCAUAUAUCAUCAUUAACUUCAGCAGACUGUCAGAGGAGCUUAUUUACCAUUAGUGCACAGACUUCUUUAAAACAACCUCCCAUUAAAUGUGCCUAGUCUCCAGUAUUAGACCCAUACAUGGAAGCAGGACCUCUGCAAACAGCCUUUCUUGAAGGAGACUUUCAAUAGCUCAGCCAAUUUGUUUGUUAGACUGGCUGCUUUAUGGGGAAGUGCUUUUAUAACAAGGACUGUUACCCAGGAUUUGCACCCUCCUGGUCUUUAUACUAGGUAUGUCAACCAGUCUAACGCCCCCAAAAGAAACUAUAAUUUCUGUAAUAAACAGAAUUCUCAUCCAAGGGCAAGUAGAAAAAUUUCUUGCAUUGAGAACCCCCCCCCCAAAAUCUUGUUGAAAGCCAAGUGGCUGUUCUGCCUUGCUGCCUCUAUGGUUUGGAUGAUACAGGCAUGAAGUGAAGCAUGAGAAACAAGAAGCGGUGUUGUUCCUCACACAAGCACCUUAUGCACUGGGAGGCUUUGCGGGGCACCAUAAGAAAAGUAGACAUCAAGCAAGCAUUUAUUUUUAUAUCCCAUCAAAGAUUCUGUCCAGCCCACUGCUAUUUAAGUGAUGAAUCUCUAAGCUUCCACUCCUUAAGUUUAUUGUGGUUUUUAAUAUAAAAUAUAUAUAAAAUGUCUUUUAUUCCUACAAAAUUUCAUAGAGAAGAAUUCUUUAUUCUGAUGCUGCAAUAAAGCACUUUAUGUAUGUA